CUGGCCACUCACUUUGUGAUGUCUCGCGUGGGGGGAAAUGCUUUGAAUACCUGCGACAUGGCAGCGAGCAUUGAUUGUAGAGAUUGACAGCACCAGAGCGAGCGAGCGAGCGAGAGAGAGAAAGAGAGAGAGACAGACAGAGAGGGAGAAAGAGUUGGAGAGAGAGAGAGAGAGAGAGUUGGAUAGAGAGUUCGAAAAAGAGGGCGGGUGAUAAAGAAGAGAGCAACAAAAGCUAUACUUGUACUUUUGGACAGCUCAACUUCGGCGAACGCAUGCGGGACCUUCUCUGAUUCUGAUGCUGGCGCCGCGUUGACACACGCACACACAACAAAAGAAGACUUUUCCCCCCCACUUGAACCUUUCAUCCGCUUGUCUCUUUUUUUACGACACGGAGAGGACACACGCGCCGCGUUCUCCUCGACUUACGUCGUCAAGCACUGUUCACGCCAACCUCAUGUUACUGCUGUUGGGCAAGCCACUUAGAAGACCCUCUGUUGUCCUGCUGCUGUUCCAACGCUGCACUCUGCUCACAGCACAAACACAGGAACAAACAAAUCCAAGUCUUUUACAUGAAUCCGAAAUCAACGUGCCAGUGAGUCGCUGGAAGCUGGGGAGCGAGUCUUUCAGUUUUUAACCCCACACGCUGACAUGGAAGGCUUUCUUCGUAGCAGCUUUUUACUGAGCAGAGUCAUGUCUUCCAAGCAAACCACGUCUCCUUUUGCCUCUGUGGUUGAUGGAGAUGAGGCCAUGAGCCAGGAUCACUUGUCUUGGGAAAAAGAGGAGAUGACUGACGCCCACUGCACACCGCAGCUGCCGCUGCACAAUCUGCUCCAUGGAAAAACCCAUCCUGAUGAAAUUCAGCCGCUAAGUAGUGUACCUCCAGAGAGUGACUGGGACAGCUUGGUGUCUGCCCAACAGCGCAUGGAAUCUGACAGCAAUAAAGUAUGUUCCCAGUACUCCUUCCGCAACAAUUCCACUUCCCCGCACAAGCCAGAGGAGGGGGCCCGGGAGCGAGGCGACCUGCUGAGCGCAUCAGCGUUUGGAACUCCGGAGCGCCGCAAAGGAAGCCUGGCAGACGUGGUGGACACACUCAAGCAGAAGAAGCUGGAGGAGAUGACAAAGACAGAGCAAGAUGAUUCAUCCUGCAUGGAGAAACUACUUUCUAAAGACUGGAAAGAAAAGAUGGAGAGGCUCAACACAAGCGACCUCCUAGCUGAUGUCAAAGGUACUCCUGAGAGCCUGGCAGAGAAGGAACACCAGCUCUCCACAAUGAUCAGCCAGUUGAUCAGCCUACGAGAGCAGCUCCUGGCUGCCCACGACGAACAGAAGAAGCUGGCCGCUUCACAAAUGGAGAAACAAAGGCAGCAAAUGGAGUUGGCUCGUCAGCAGCAGGAGCAGAUUGCCAGACAACAGCAGCAGCUUCUGCAGCAGCAGCACAAGAUCAACCUCCUACAGCAGCAGAUCCAGCAGGUCCAGGGUCACAUGCCUCCGCUCAUGAUCCCCAUUUUUCCACACGACCAACGCACUCUGGCAGCAGCCGCCGCCGCCCAGCAAGGUUUUCUCUUCCCUCCGGGAAUGUCUUAUAAGCCAGGUGAUAACUACCCCGUGCAGUUCAUUCCUUCCACAAUGGCAGCUGCGGCGGCGUCAGGACUCAGCCCCCUCCAGCUGCAGCAACUGUACGCCGCCCAACUUGCCAGCAUGCAGGUCUCUCCUGGAGCCAAGAUGCCUCCACUCCCGCAGCCCCUCAAUGCCAGUGGACCCAUUUCUCCCUCCUCUCUGAAGAAUGAUAAGAGUUCCUCCAGUCCAAUCACUCAAGUCAAGGAGGAAGGAACACAGCCGCUCAACCUUUCAGCGCGGCCCAAGACAACGGACAUGGUCAAGUCGCCAACUUCCCCGACGCAGAACUUGUUCCCAGGCUGCAAAAGCAACCCAAACAGUUUCGCUAACAAGGGCGGUAUCCCCAGCCCGCUUGGAGGAGGCCUGGGCCGUGGCUCCUCAUUAGACAUCCUGUCAAGCCUCAACUCUACGGCGCUGUUCGGGGACCAGGACACGGUGAUGAAGGCUAUCCAGGAGGCUCGUAAAAUGAGGGAGCAGAUCCAGAGGGAACAGUUGCAACACCACCAGCAGGGCAUGGAGGCAAAGCUGUCUGCCCUCACCGCAGUCGGCCUCAAUAACUGCAGGGUUGACAAGGAAAGGGCACAUUUUGAAGGAAUCGGGCACCACCUUGGCAAACUGGGUGAGGACGGGAAGAUUGGCCACAGAGUCAUUGACCUCACCAGGCCCGAGGAGCUUGACGGAGGCGCUGGGUCAACCGAGGCCAGAGUCUUCAGGGAGUCGAGAGGGAGGAACAGCAACGAGCCGCACAUUAAGAGGCCGAUGAAUGCGUUUAUGGUGUGGGCCAAAGAUGAACGUCGUAAGAUCCUCCAGGCCUUUCCGGACAUGCACAACUCCAAUAUAAGCAAGAUUCUGGGCUCCCGGUGGAAGUCCAUGUCCAACCAGGACAAACAGCCGUACUAUGAAGAACAGGCCCGCCUGAGUAAGCUCCACUUGGAGAAGUACCCCAACUACAAAUACAAGCCCCGGCCUAAGAGGACUUGCAUCAUCGACGGCAAGAAGCUGCGCAUUGGAGAAUACAAGCAGAUGAUGCGCUCACGGCGACAAGAGAUGAGGCAGUUUUUCACUGUGGGGCAACCGCCACAAAUUCCCAUUACCACAAGCGCCAGUAUGGUCUAUCCCGGCGCCAUCGCCAUGGCAACGACGACGCCCUCGCCCCAAAUGACAUCAGAGUGCUCGAGCGCGUCGGUGAGUCCUGAACCGACCAUUCCCGUCAUUCAGAGCACCUUCAACAUGAAGCUGGAGGCCAACAACAUAGCCAACAACAGCGAGCCGGUCAAUGGCGAGGAUGACAUGGACAUGUUCGAAGACUUCGAGGACGAGCCCAAAUCAGACUACAGUAGUGAAAAUGACACACAUGAGCCGGUCAGAGCCAACUAAUGGACGCCCAGCGGGAAGUGUUAAGACAGCACCACCGAGGUUUGAAAGUGUUCACAAGGAGGAUGAAAACAUGAUGCAAGCCAGCAUGCACAUGUGGCUUCGGUAAAUCAAAAAAAAAAAAAAAGCUAUUCGGUCUUAAGUGUUUCUUUAUGUGUGUGCGUGUAGCUAUUUUUUUUUUUUUCUCAUGUCAUUGCGGUAAUGGACAACGAAAACAAAAUGGCUGUGACGGAGAACGUACAGAACUUGAAAUCAAACAUUUGCUCAUUAUUACGGUUAUCGAUCGUGUUUCUCAACCAUUUCGGGACGUGACAUUCGUGUCUCACUCAGGUAUUGUGUGCCAGCCAACAGCUUGCGAAUGUGUUUGAUCACCAUGGCGACAUCACCAGUUUCAAAGGUCACGUGAUUCCAACAUGCGUCAGUAUCGGUACAAUGUACUUUGUAUGCUAUCAAACUCCUGAGGUAGUGCAUCGGUGCCAAAACAAAUCAUUUGUAAGGUUAAGGAAGCGACACUUAAUCUCAAUUUGUUAUGGAUACAAAUAUGAGUCAGGAAGAAGGGAGCAGCUCCCUCUAAUCAUAAGCCAAACCAUAGCCCAAUCAACUCAGAACAAAGCAGUACCGCAUCUCCACUCGCUCUUUCCCAGUUUUACUAGCCAUUCCCAGUCAGCAAUUUGUUAAUCUGAGUGAUUGUAAUCAGGCCAGAAUGCUUCAGGGCCAACAGGCCGCCAAUCCGCCGGAUUGGAAGAGCAGCGAAAAGGCAGCUUUAGAGGCAUUACAAUCUCAAAUUGUGAAGCGACACAACAUUCUCCUAAACGCUUUAGCCCCAUUUGGAGGGCACAUUUAAAGUCUUAGCUCCUAAACUUUUUUUUAAUUCUUUUUCCACAUUGUAAAUCUUAAAACAGACGCUAAGAAGUCUUAAAGCGGAGCACAGUCAUUGGGUCGAUGCAAUGACUUGAUUACUGGCGCAGUCUUAAGACGUGAGGGCAUUUGUACAAUAGACAACCUAAAACAUUGGUCAAGUGCACUUAUUCUCAUCGUGUCCCCUUUUAAACCACGUCUCAAAAAGGGCCUCGUAUUGUCUAGGCUGGGGGUGUCCAAAAUGUUACUUUCAAGGGCUGCAUACAGAAAAAUUCUUGAAGGAUGCCGUGCUCAGUUUGACGUGCUUCACCUUUAAACAGGCUCUAAAUUGAAUUCAGAAAUAUGCUUCUCAAUGUCUUGCGCAUGUUUGAAGAUAACUUCUGAUGAUGUGCAAACACUGAGAGCUACGUAAGACUACAUUUUGAAGAUAGAGCGUUCAACGCUUAGUCGUCCACCGUUUCAGUUUUCGGAAAAGUGUGUGGGGAGGUGGGCAGGGGGACAUUCAUCUUUUCAGGUCAUGAUUGUGAUAUUUGAUCAACAGUUCACAUUUGAACAGGGGCGGAGUUUUGGCCCACUCACGUUCAGCAGACAAACCCACAGCGUCACUCACUUUUCACGAUUUUGAAGCCAAUUUAUACUUUUUCCCUUUAAAAUGGCCCUCGGGCCAUAGUUUGGACACCUUUAGCCUAAAAGCUGACAAGUGACCUCCUCGCCUCAUUAAAGCUCCUUGAACAGUCAAAGCCUCCAUAUUUUGAGGCAGAGAUCCUCUUUAUGGGGCGCAAGGUUUAAGUGGCUCCCCGCACCCCGCCCCCGAAGCCCUACCUUGACCCCUGCCCGGUGUAGCCUGAGUCCACAGGGGGCGCCAUCUGGCUCUGAGAGAACACACAAGGCCAACAAUAGAAGCGAAGGUGCGCGUCCCUCCAUCAAAGUGCUGGAAGUGAGGCCUCGGCAGGGCUCGUGCCGCGGCCCGUUCGCCAGUCGCUGGCGAGCAGAUGGAACAAGUACAUCAAGCUGUGGGGGAUUAUUAAAAUGAGUGACGACUGGAAAUCGUGUGAAAUGCGGCAUUAUUAAUGCAUGACUUGGGUUAUUCCCCCGCUUGCCCUUGAAUCCCUCCAUUUUAGAUCCCACCGGCCGAUCACUGGAUCUCCGCUGCAUUGCCUCCCAAAUGCUACAAAUUUGUAUCACUUCAUCCUAUUUGAGGGUGCAUCCAUCUUGUGUCUCAUGAAUUAUUUGUAUUUAUUGUCUAUUUUCUGAACUUAAGCUACAACACACACUUUACAGAGUGGAUAUCCAGACAAUUUCUGUUCCUCCUGUCUGCUGGUGGCUGGACUGAUUUCUAUGUGAUUGUAAAUAUCAUCAAUAUGACCAUGCCUCACAUAUUCAGUGGGGGCUAUCUACAAAGGACGGAAACUUGACUCUGCUCACGUGGAAAGGACAGAGGAGGGGAAAAAAAACCCUCACAGGAAGAAAAAAAAACAAUAAGACGAUCUCGUAUAGGAGACGCUGUAUCAGAAGUGUUUGAAGCACUGGAUAUAAAUUGUAUUUUUGAUCAAUUCUGAUUAAUGUGAAUCUGUUUGAGGAUUAAAAAAAAACACCAUGAAUUACGUAACUAAAAUCCCCAGAUGGACUCAAAUGGGUUUGCUCUCACAGUUGCCAGACUAAUGUGUGUGUGUGUUUUUUUGUCUAUUUAGUUUAUUUAUGCAAAGACGUGAUGGGUGAACGCUUUGCUGAGGCUGCCUUGGAGAGAAACUUCCAAAUUUGACCGCAGGCUUCCUUUAGCCAAGAAACACCAGGCUGUUGUGUAUGAAUAUAUUGUUGUAUUUAUUACUAGCUACCAGAAAUGUCAGUAAAACAACAAAAGGAGAAUCAGAGAGUCAGUAUGAGGAAAACAAAUGAUUGAUGAAUUGGGAGUAACAAAAUGUACCACCUUAUUUAGGUUUUAUUGUACAUAUAUAAUAAAUCUAUUUUUAUGUGAUUAUUUGGUCAAUAAGUUAUGUAUGUGGCUAAUCUAUUUGAUUUCUUUUAUCUUUCUAUGUGAGUUCACCUUUGAAAAAUGUCACUGUACCUUGAAAAGAUACUGAAUGCUUAUCAGGCUUAUUUCUGAUAAUCAUCCCUGGACUAAUUCAAAGCAAUCAAUCAAAACGAGUUACAGUGGUGGCUUUAGAUACAAUUUUAAUUCCUUCCAUCAUUAAAAACAGUCAUAUCCCAAAUCAUGUUUUCCUACUAAAAUGAAUGUGAAAACCAUUAAUCCAUUCUAAAACACAAAAGUUUGUUUUUUAAUGCGGAAAAUCAUACUCUGUAUUACGGUAAUGUAUAAAAUAUAUACAGGUAGUCAUGACAUACUUAAAUAGAAUAUUUGUGAUCAUAUAUAUAACCUAUAUAGCCGUCGUCGAAAGGGUGAAAACACAUCGACUACCUCCGCUAUUUGUAAGCCCGUUAAUGCCAUUUUGUAUUUUUGUGUAUUAGCUUGCGGAAGGCAAAGUCGUGUUGUUUUUAAACACGGUGUAAUGCCCUUUGUUUUAUUUUUAGUUUGACAGUAAACUUCAACAUAUGGAAAAUGGCUUAUUAUACCCGGCAAAGUGUUGCUUGGGGUGCACUCGCAGCUGGAAUCGUUGCUCACAUGUCAAAGCAAAAAAAUAAAUAAAAACUGAAGGAAAACUUGUAUCUAAAGUCACCACUGUAUAGCUUUUUGUCAUGCUUUUCUAGCAAAGUAAAAGUAGGGCAUUGACUUCAACAAGAAGCACUUGAUAUAGAAAAAUUUGAUCAUCAUCAUGGUACAACCUAACAGCACUAAAUGGUGACAGAAGACAAAAAUAGUCGUGCAUUGACAUCAUGAACAAGUGUGAUCGUUUGUCAACGCGUUUUCUAUCAUUUGAGAAGUGGGAAUGUGCAUAUAUUUAAUAGUGGCAAAAUGCUGUUCUCUUCUUGCUAAUUGAUUUUUUUCUUCUCAUGCUUUCAAAUGAUUUGUUUCUUAUCCAUGUCAUGUUUUCUCUUAAUCCUCCAUGCAGAAAGUUGGAUUGAACAACAAAGGACAAAACGCGCAUAUGCUGGUUCUAUCCUUUUACUGUCAUUUGAUUUCUUUUUUUCUUUUUCAUUUCUUCAUCUGUUGGAGCAAAGAAUAUGGUGGGAACGUUGUGUGUGUUAAUUUAAUCAACACAAUUCACUGACAUGCUGGACUGACUUACUAGCUGCUGUUCAGAAGGGCAACAUCAUGUUUUGGUGUUGUUCUAGAGGUACUUUUUGCUUUCUAGUGGUUUCUCAAGCAACACUGUGUCAGGCUCUUCCAUCACCCGAGCCUUGAUUUUCUAAAUGGCUGGCAGUCUGCGUAAAUAUAUAAAUAUACGUUGUUGUUUUUUUGUUUUUUGUUUUUCCUGGCAGGUACUGGUACCUACAGUAGGCAAAUGGAAAGUAUCGUUUGGGUGUUAUUAGAGAGGAAAAGGAAUUACAUAGUGUCUGUUGCUGCUUUAAAAACAAACAAAAACAAAAAAAGAACUUUAUGUCUGAAUAUGUAAAUAGUAUAUCAUAUCUUGUACAGUCCAAUGUAAAGUUUUUAAUUCAACUUAAUAAUGUUGCCAUCAUUGUGUUCACAUUCUUUAUACAUGACAAAAGAUUAUUUGCUCGGUGAUAUUGCUCAAAAGAACAAAAAUGUUUGUUUCGUUUGUUUGGCUUCCUAGUGUCCACAAGCAGCUCUUUGGUUUCCAUGUGCAGUAUUGACGUGCUAAACUUAAGGUGAAUCCUUUGACAGUUAACGUGAGAGUGUGUGUGCGUGCGAGUGUGCGUGUGUGUGUGUGUAGUGCAAUCUCCCUUGCUUUUGUAGUCCGACUAUAUCAAGUUAAAACAAACCAAGAUAUCAAUAAAUCAAUGAUAUAUUUGGGUGCAUUUAGGCGCCAUGGAAAUGUGCAUACUGUCUAAAAAAAAAAAACAAAUAAAGAACUAAAUGAUCCCCGGCAAGAUUCAGUUGCGGCAUUUUAUGGUGUAAAAGCAUUUCUGUACGUGUCAGUCCAUUGUAAUAUUAUGACAGGAGGCUGGCUAGUGCGCCUGUUUCCUCUGCUCAUUUACCUCAAGAAGUUCCUCCCUUUGUGUAAACGAGAAGAAAAUUGUGUUGCAGAGAGCUUCUCACAUCACUCCAUCUUUUGUACUGCUGUUGACACUUACACAUUAAAGAAGCAAUUUGUUUAAA